AUGAGUUCUACAACACCGGGGGAAGAUGCCUCCCCGGACUCGUUUGGAGGAAAUGAUCUUUGCGGUGUUUCCCUUGGCAGAGAAAAAAACGCCUCAUCGGUGCUCGAAGGCCCUGCAGAGCAUACCACCUCUAAGUAUGUGUUGAGUCCAAGGAAGCUCGAGAAGUGCGAGCCGUUUCACAAACCCCGCGUUCACGCAGCACCACUUGCACACCCUAGCAUUUCUGUGAACAGCGAAUAUUUUAGGGUGCUACAUAAACCAGAAAAGAGUAUCAACGUAGUUGCUCGGAAGCGAACUGAACGACCCAAAGUGAAAAUAAAUCAUAAAAUGGGUAUAAUAUACCAAACACCGCAUGUAAGCACGCCCAGAAAUCGGCUUAUCAAUACUCCUGAAUUUCUUCGACGUCAUGGCUCAAGGCUUCGUUAUGUUUGCACCAACUCAGAGGCCAAGCAGAGAGGGAUCUUAGAAGCUAGCCUUGAAGAAGGUAAUUCAUCAAGAUUAGCGAUGUGUCCUGAUUGUGGACGCAACAUCUCGCGCAGUCUCCUUAGUUAUGGAACUAACUUCACUCGCAGAAUUGGUGAGGAGGGUGAAACUAUGCAAAGGCGCUGUUCCACGAGCUCUUCAACCUAUUCAGAAUUACAAGCUAUGCGUUUAAAAUCCAAUGGCCAGCUACUUGAGAUGGAUUGUGAGCUCAAAGAUAAAAAGGAAGAGGUCCAGUCACUAAAGAAGGCUCUUCGCCAUGCCGAGAUGAUGAUACGCUUCUCACAAGAAGCAGGGAUGAAAUCAUGUGGACAUACGCCAUUUAACGGAAUCCAUUUUGAUGAAGCAACCCUCGUUGGACCGCCAUACUCUGUAGGAAAAUCCACAACGUCAGCGAGUGAAGAUUUAACCAAGAGAAUAUGUUUCUUAGAGGAAAAACUGACAGCUUCACUUCAGGAAAUCGACCUUCUCAAACAUGAUCGGCGAACAUUUCGUGUGCGCCAACUCUCAAUGGAACUACAGGCUACCGAAAGUGAGCUACGACAGCUGCUCAAUCGCAGCCCAAGGCCUAUGCGCUACAACAUCUCUGGGGUAGACGAGCUGGCUUUUUCCUUAGAUGGCCGUAAUGUGAAUAAGAAACGGAAAAAGAACCAUAAUUGUUCAGCCCAAAUCUCCCUCGUACCUCGGUCUAGAUCCCGUCAAGCAAACGAUAUAGAAGAGACUCCCCAAAAGGAGGCGUUAAUACAACAAAUGAGCGAACAAUUGAACACAUUUGUUCAGCAAAGAAACUCUGAUGAAAAAGAAGUCCUGCUAAUUCACGCGGAGCUCGAAAAGCUUAGGAGCGAAAACACAUCCUUGGCGGAGGAAUUGUCAGUGCUUCGGCUCUUGCCAGAAAAUUUAGCUCGACAGCAGCAGGAACUUGAACGAGCACGGUCCCUUUUAAUUCAGUCUGAUCGACAAUUGGACAAAUACAAGCAGAUUUUCAUGAAAGGGGUGUCAUUGGAGGAUAUGCUAACUGUACUGGAGGAACGAGACAGAUUCCAGAGGCUUCUCAUAGAGAAAAAUACCCAAGAGGCCUCUCUUCGCAAUGAAAUGGAUAUCGCAAGAGUGCAAGCUAUACAGCUUGCAGAGGAGAACAUGAAGAUGCAGAUUGAGGAAGAAAGAAAUCUUGCACACGGUCGAGAGGAGAUGCUUCGUGAGACUAUACAGCAACUCGAGAAGAAGCUUGCGUCUUUUAUGGAGACGACACAGCCUCCAAAUAUAGACGCCACUCAGGAGGUUAGUGUGCAAUCUGACCAGUACCAGGCUCCGACCCAGCCCUGCUCUCGUGGCGAGGACCGCAUUAGUCGCACGUUUCCUAUAAAAUAUGCAACCAUCGAGGACACACCAGACCCACAUAGUCUGCAGGACAUCUUUGAGGUUUCCGGUCACACCACGCACACGCUCACAGCUGUGGACUCUUCUAAUUCUUCACCGAAUAAGAAGCCAGGCGUUCACAUUUGUAGUUCUGCAACUCCCCCCUCAGAAAGCAUUCAGGAGCUCGGAAGAAAAGAGGAAUACACAGUGACUCCUCACGAGCUUCCUCAUAGCCCACCCUCAGCGAGAAAACCACCGACUCCUCACUCUUCGGGAUCGCUUAGUGUAAGCACCGUCGCAACAAUUCAGAGUGCCUCGGCCUCCAUCACUCCCUUGAGCGCAGCUACAUCUGAGGACAAGCAUGUGGAAGACAGAAAUCUGCAUGAGGAGAUAAAUCAUUCGAGGUCCAAUUUACUCAUCACUGAAGCCCAGAUUCCUUCUGCUAUUGGGGGAAUUUUAGAUCGGGGACGUAACGUGUCUUCAGAAAUUCAUACUGUGAAAUCUUUCGUGACUUCUCCAGUGAUAUCGCUCUCUGUUCGGAGUGAGGGAAAUCCGUCCGAUGCUAACACAACGAUUCUGCCUCAAAACGCUAUUUCAGUUGCUACUCCAGUUUCUCGCUCUUCACUUCAGAGCGUUCACGGGGAAAACGGCAUGUCAUCUACGAAAUUUGCAACCCUGCCAGAUGCCUACCCGGUUGUAGCUUCAACGUCUUUUGAUAAACUUGAUUUGGUUGAGCGGGAAAACGCUGACCAUAGGGGGGCAGGCCUCCCGGAAAAUGACGAUGACAAUUUGAUUAUCAUUGCACCUGCUUCCAUUACAAAUACGCAGUUGCAACAGUCGAAGGGGGAAACCCCUUUGUUACCUACUUGUGAAGUGGCAGGCAAAGAAAAAGGCCAGCACAUCACAUUACUUUCACAAAGUUCAAACUCAGGAGUUGGUGAAAAGGAUCCAAACUUUGGUUGUUACUCUCAGGCACUCGAAGGGGCAUCAAUGGCAACGACGAUGCCCCCUCAGCCGUUUUUCACCUCGGCUGCACCUACAGAAACCACUCUAGGGAAUAUAGGGGAUCAGUUUUCAAUCGGAUGUGUUUCCUUGUCUCCGAAGCAGUCGCCGAUAGGGCCGAGAAAUCCUUUUCCUUCCCUGAACAUGGACCCGGAAGAAAGGAACAAUUGCUCACCUCAAGCGAACAACAGUGCAUCUGAGGAUGAAAAUCUCAACGAUAUCAAGAUUCGAGGGUUUUCAUUAUCGGGUGUAUCACUCAUGCCCCCACUAAAGAAGACGCCCUCCCCCUCUACUGAUGUCGGGAAUGAAGAUGAACACAAAGUUGAAGUGAGAAGUCAGAACGAGGGCAGAUCGAGCGAGGAAGGGGAACAACACAAGGCUGUGGAUAAUGAGGGUGAAACUGCGUUUAUCCCACCGUCGCCUCCUUCGGCUGUUGUGCCGGUUCCCUCUACAGCCGGUAUGAUGAACGAUACAGCAGGAGAAAGUAAUAUUCUCAAAACCUCCGAGUCGGAUGCAAAGGAUCUGGAGGGAGCUGUGGCAAAUGCUAGCGAUGUGGGCCCUGACACACGGCCCAGUACCAUGCCUGAAGUGGCACCAGAAGUGUGCAUUGUGGAGCUAUCCAAGGAAGCGAGUACUGAUGGUCCUCCUGAGAGUGAGCGAACUGGUUUGGAAGAAGAACAUUAA